CCAGUAUAAAAAGCGAUGAAUUUUGCUUAACGAUUGUCAGUCUUAGUAUAGUGGUCACAUCAUUGAUUUGAUCUGAAGUUGCGAUCGCCCCCGCGUCGAAUCUACCGAGCACCGAAACAAACAGUUUUUAAACAAGACAAAAAUGUUCAGAUUGGUCAUCAUCGCCGCCCUGGCUGCCGUAGCGUUUGCCCAGAACCCGGAUGCUGAAGCACAGAUCCUGUCAUCGGAUAGCGUUGUCAACCCGGAUGGUUCCUACGCGUGGAAUUAUGAAACCAGUAACGGAAUCCGUGCCCAGGAGGAGGGAGUUGGUGGCCAAUCCGCUCAGGGUAGCGCCUCGUGGACGGAUCGGGACGGUACACCGAUUCAAUUGACCUACGUCGCCGAUGUGAACGGUUUCCAGCCACAGGGCGCCCAUUUGCCACGUGAAGGACCGGCACCGGCUCAUGUGCUGAAAACACUCGAAUUCAUCCGUGCCAACCCGCCGAAGGACGAUCCUAACUUCAACAUCCAAGCGUUGGAAGCGGAAAUCGCCAGACUACAGGCUCUCCAGUAGAGUUUUCCCGGACUGAUAGCGGGAUCGUGAGGGGCAGGCCGAUCGGAACUCGUAGCAACCUGUGCACAUACUCAGAAUACCAAGAAGAGACGCCAUCUGCGAUGCAAAUGUGAAGUGAAGUUUUUGAAUAUUAUUUUGUAAAUUUAUUGUACAUAUUACUAUUUCUUAGUUUUUAAUUUGUUCUGUGCAACCAACUGCAAACUUUUCUGUAACUCUCAAAGAUAGUGCAUUUGUGAGAGGCAUUUUAUUGUGAGACGAUGUGCCCAUACAAUAUUUUUGAACUAAAUCGAAGUAGAAAGAGAUUACAAUACAAACAUUGGCGUCUGACGUCAACGAAAUGGAGGACGAGUCAAAUAGCAACGUUAUGAUGGAACAGAUAAAGCUGUCAAAAUGAAACUACAGGAGCUAGCUAGUGAACCUGCGAUGAAAUAAAACUAGUGAUAGAGAGUGAGAGAUGAGAGCGGCGACGAUCGAAAAAGUUUCAUUUGUUACCGUCACAAAAAAAGACAAACAGAAACUCAGCUAAAGUUAGGAAGGGGAAAGAUACUAUCUCAAUGACAUAACUUGUUCAUACAAAAUCGAAAUAAUAAUCAAAAUCAUAA